UACACCUCGGUAUAUUUCGUGGAAUCGGCCGAGAUACGAUUACGUAUUUCCGGUAAAACAUCAGGUCCGACGUGGGAUUUGGGGCAGAAUGGAAAUUAAAUUUGAUGGAAAGCGAGCGUUAGUUACUGGCGCAGGAAAAGGUAUUGGUCGAGCAACAGCUAAAGCCCUUGUUAAGUGUGGAGCGGAAACGUAUGCUCUCAGCAGAACUCAGGCCGACUUGGACAGUCUAAAAGCUGAAGUGCCUACAAUUCACACUGUUUGUGUGGACAUUACCGACUGGGACAAGCUGAGAGGUGUGGUGAAGACUCUCUGUCCCAUUGAUCUCCUUGUUAACAAUGCUGGUGUUUGUACUCUCGCUCCAUUCCUCGAAGUGUCCAAAGAGGAUUUCGACUACACAUAUGAUACCAAUGUCAAGGCACUUAUCAACAUUUCCCAGGUUGUUCUGAAGGACAUCAUAGACAGAGGGAGCAGCUGCGCUGUUGUCAAUGUGUCAAGUAUAGCCUCCAGUAUUGCCGUCUUUAAUCAUAUAGUGUAUGCAUCAUCCAAGGCUGCGGUUGACAUGCUCACCAAAAUCAUGACUCUAGAACUAGGAUCCAAAAAUAUCCGUGUGAACAGCGUCAAUCCCACAGUGGUUAUGACAGACAUGGGAAAACGUAAUAAUUGGAGUGAUCCAGCGAAGAGUGGGCCAGUACUUGCUCUUACUCCACAGGGAAGAUUUGCAGAAGUGCAUGAAGUGGUGGAUGCAAUCCUGUUCCUGCUGAGUGACAAAGCGUCUAUGAUUAAUGGAACCUGCCUCCCUGUCGAUGGUGGCCGUCUUGUUCAAUGAGAUCACCACCUGUCGGUGCGAGAAGACUUGAUUACCAAUAGUUCCUUGAUUACAACAUGGUCAAACAAUCACUAUUACGUUGUUAAAUUACCCAGGUCUUAUUAAUUCCAAACUGAUUGAGGUACCACUGAAAAUUGUAUUUUAUUAUUAUACAUGUAUUAUAAAUUGGAAAAUGUGACAAAGUAGAUUAUGAGAUUGCAUCUAACAAUAUGUAUUUGUAAGGUGUAACCUAACAAAAUAAACUGUGUACCAAUAUCUGGCAAACAAUUAUAUGUCUAAAAAUAAAUAAUAAUUUUAUCUCAAAUUAUUUGUUGAUUUUUAAGCUAACAUUUUAUUAUCAAUUAUGGUAUUUAGCUAUUCUUUCCUGUCAUCACCACUAUAUAGCCACUCAUUGAUUCUUAAAUCGUGCAAUCUUGGCUUCAGAUACCCUGGUAUUAUCUUGAAGUGGAAAGAAAAAGAAAUGAAUGUUUGUUUAAUAUCACCUUGACACAUUUUAAACAAUAGUUAAUUGGUAGGUAAAAUAUACUGGGAGAAGGAAAUAUGGGAAAUCUUGGUAUUGUAGACCAAGUUUCAUUCACUAUUAGCGUCAUAACGUCUGUAAAAUUAAAAAGAUGUACUGGUAAUAUGGAAUUUAAUGUCAGUAAUGUAAAACUGCUAUCAGGUUUUGCUUUCAGUCGCUCUUUCCUAUUAGUGGUGUGUGAUCCCUUAUUUCGUGCAGUCACUCUUUCCUGUUAGUGUUGUGUGAUCCCUUAUUUCUUGCAGUCACUCUUUCCUGUUAGUGGUGUGUGAUCACUGAUUUCUUGCAGUCACUCUUUCCUGUUAGUGUUGUGUGAUCCCGGAUUUCUUGCAGUCACUCUUUCCUGUUAGUGGUGUGUGAUCCCUUAUUUCUUGCAGUCACUCUUUCCUGUUAGUGUUGUGUGAUCCCUUAUUUCUUGCAGUCACUCUUUCCUGUUAGUGGUGUGUGAUCCCUGAUUUCUUGCAGUCACUCUUUCCUGUUAGUGUUGUGUGAUCCCUUAUUUCUUGCAGUCACUCUUUCCUGUUAGUGUUGUGUGAUCACUGAUUUCUUUCAGUCACUCUUUCCUGUUAGUGGUGUGUGAUCCCUUAUUUCUUGCAGUCACUCUUUCCUGUUAGUGGUGUUUUAUCCCUUAUUUCUUGCAGUCACUCUUUCCUGUUAGUGUUGUGUGAUCCCUUAUUUCUUGCAGUCACUCUCUCCUGUUAGUGUUGUGUGAUCCCUUAUUUCUUGCAGUCACUCUUUCCUGUUAGUGUUGUGUGAUCCCUUAUUUCUUGCAGUCACUCUCUCCUGUUAGUGUUGUGUGAUCCCUUAUUUCUUGCAGUCACUCUUUCCUGUUAGUGGUGUGUGAUCCCUUAUUUCUUGCAGUCACUCUUUCCUGUUAGUGGUGUGUGAUCCCUUAUUUCUUGCAGUCAUUCUUUCCUGUUAGUGUUGUGUGAUCCCUUAUUUCUUGCAGUCACUCUUUCCUGUUAGUGGUGUGUGAUCACUGAUUUCUUGCAGUCACUCUUUCCUGUUAGUGUUGUGUGAUCACUGAUUUCUUUCAGUCACUCUUUCCUGUUAGUGGUGUGUGAUCCCUUAUUUCUUUCAG